AUGGGUAACACCUUCCAUCAGAUCCGCAGCUUGGGCCCCAUCAUCAGGACCCCAUACGCCCCACCCAAAGCUCUUGUCGAGAAUGCAACCAACCCCAAUUGGAUUCUCGAUCCUGCGCCGUCACCCUCUCAGUCCCGGUAUCAGCCGUCAUUCCGACCCUAA